AUGUACUCUACUAACACACAAAAAUGUCACUUUGUUUGUUGGACACCAAGAAAAACAGUGAUUUUUCUGGUAAAAAGGGACGAGCAGUUCAUAAAAGAUCUUCUUAUUCAACUGAAAGGUUUCUGGAGUGAAGCACAGGCUGGAAAAAUACCCACUUGGAACACACACCUUGACCAUCUCAAAGCACAGGCUCAGAAGAUAAGCAACCAGUCAACUGUCUUGACAACACUAACAUCCUGCAGAAGUGAAAACGCCAUGGAACACAAAGAUUUUAAUAUGUUUUGGAAGAAUGCUCAGGGGACGCCCACACGAAAGUGCCAAGGCUGCGGGAAACUGCAAGUCCUCUGCAGAGUUAAUCCUUGCCAAAAAAAGUUACAUUCCAAUCCCUCUUCACCAUCUUCCAGUAUCUUCCAAUCAUACACAUAUGGCUCUGGUCAAAUGGCAAAUUCCUGUUAUUUGGACACUUUUCUAGAAUCCAUUUAUCAUCCUUUCAUACGACAAAUAACACCGGAAAGAACACACUUUGAUCAUACCACUCCAGCUAUGGAUACACUUCUUGAAUCUAUUGUCCUCCGUGGACAAGGAAGCUUUCAUAGAAGUAAAAUGGUUCUCUGGACCUAUUUACACCAUCACACUUCUAAUGGAAGGACGACUUUUCCACUUGGCCAAAUGGCAGGAAUUUCCAACGUCUUUACUGCUCUGUGUUCAAACAUGUCACAACCAGAAAAGAAUGCUCUCUUCAUCACAGAUUCAGUCAACAUCAAAUGCAGAAAGUGUAACCAUUGCCGUAACAUUGUAAACACUCACAGUUCAUACUUCAUCCACCACACUAAUAUAAACAUAAUGGAUAUAACAGAUUCUACAUAUGAUCCAGUGCAGGUCGCAGAAAAGGUACUCGUUCAGCAGGAUAUUCUCUGCUCACAAAGAGGUAUUUGUUUAAGAUCAAAUGAUGAUGGCUCUGUUUGUGGAGGUCAACUUUCCCACUCGUCUUCCGUGGUUAAUAAUCCCUUUCUUCUAGUGUUUGAGCUUGAUAAGGACGAAAACAGGCCCAUCCAGCCAGGACUGUCAAGCAAGCUCCACCUAAGAGUCAAGAAAGAUAAAUAUGACCUGGCAGCAAUUAUAUACCACCACAACUUUCAUUUCUGGUGCGAAGUAUUUGUUAGUGAAAAAAAGUAUAGAGAGGGAUGGUACUUGUACAAUGAUAUGUGGAACAAUGGCAAAGCUGAAUACGUUGGAAAACAUCCCCAAGUAAAAACGGCAUCAUACAUGUACAUGUUAGUGUUCGAAAGGUCACAAGUUAACACGACGACAUCAUGCUCGAAAGAUCACUCAUCAUCAUUAAAGAACAUCAUGUCCGUGGCCUUCCAAAGUAACAUCACUCCUAAUGCCAAGCAAGUAAAGCAGAAUUACAUUAACAUUUUCAAGUCCUGCUCUAUAGCUGUCAAUGCAAGUUCUUCAAACCAGGAGCUGAGAGCCAAACUCCUUGAAAAUGAACAAUGUAUACUCGGUUCCUUGACUACUAGUAAAAGUCCCACAACACAACAAAGCCCCAACACCACUUCUUCGAAACGCAAAAUCGGAAUGACAGACGACAUACCCUCUGCAAAGAAACCUAAGCUGCUUUAA